AUGUUCCCGCCCACGGAACGAAAGUAGGGUGCUUGUGUUCCUCACGGACUAUAAAGCAGAGGAACGGGCGGUUCACUUCAAAACAUGGCUUCCAGAAGAACGUCUUCAGCGCCAAAUAAUUUGAAAAAUACGUCCACUGAUGCAAACAGUUCAAAAUGUGCCAAUAAUGGAGUAAAAGCCAAUAACACUGCAGAUGGGAAGAAAACUGGUAAAUCAAGUGGGACUAUUGUCAAGUCUCGAUAUUUACAAUCUGCUGAGAAGACAUCUCUUUCAAAGAGCAACUCACUGACCAAUGAGUUGUCUGGGCCUUCCUCAUCCAAACCCACCGCUGUAAAACCAAAGGUGGGCGCUCCAACAAGGCGCUCAAUGACCCCACAAGCACUGGCAGAAUCAACACUGACAUGCAAAACUGAUUCAUCCUUCCUUGGUAAAAGUGUCCUGCAGUCCACUUUUUCGGAUGGUCACUGUUUUCGACCAGAUUUUGAUAUUUCAGUCAUUAAAGAUAAAACUGUGACUGAGAAUGCAAAGGAGCCUGAAAGAACUCUAGAGAGUGAGAAGAAGAUUGUAGAAAUGCAAACAUUUCUUCUAGCCUAUCUAACAGCUAAGAUGGAGAGUAACACUGCAAAGUUCAAAGCUGAGGCAGGGGCAAAGCUCCUUCUAAAUAUGGAAGAAGAACAGAGACUGCAUAAGAGAGUUAAGGAGAAAAAGCACCAAUAUCUUCUAAUGGAGAAGAAGAAACAACUGAAUGAGCUCUUAGACUUGCAGAUUGAUAUCCUGACACCCGUGGCCGAGGCAGCCAAUCAGUUCACAAAGGACUACAAGUGUUUUGCUGCAGCUGUUGAUUCAACUCGUCAUGAGUUGCCUGUGAAGAAUUUCUACAUAAAUGGGGAUGGAAAAGAAUUUCUAGAAAAAGCUGAAGUUUGCCUGAAAGAAACAGAGAUGCUGUUGCAGGACUGCACACAGGGAGACCAUCUGGACCACAGCACAUCUUUAGAGUGCCUCAGGGAAAUUAAAACAAUAUCAAAGGAUAUCAGUCAGCAGCUUUCAGGAAUGUGCUCAGAGCUUUCGGAGCUGUCAUCGUUGGUCUGCCGUCAAUCAGUCCAGCUUCAGCAAGCCAACGAGGAAGAGCAACUUGGGAGUUCAAGAACCCUCCUGCUCUUCUGCCCCAAACAGUGAAGAAUACCAGACAGAAUGGGAUGCACUUUGGAUAACGCCUCAAUCCCUGUAUUAUUUCCCCAAUUAAUUUGUGUAACUUCCUUUUGUGUCUUUUCUUAAAUGUAUAGUCUGUUUGAUUUUGCUGUAAUUGUGUUAUAGUUUGUCUUGUUGAGUAAUUAAUUGGUCAUGCAGUUUUACAGAUUACGUGUGUUUAGUAAACAGUGAAAUACACAUUAAAAACUGAACUUAUCCUUUCGGUUUCAUACAGCAAUAAAAUUAGCUCAGCAAUUUAAAUCAAA